AUGGGUAAUCAUAUUUCAUGGAAUAAAAGGAAGAAAGCAAUUAUUGAUACACUGAAUAAUCGUACUGGUGGUGCUUCUCGAAAAAUGCCUGAUUCUUCUCGGAAAAUGGCGAAAUGUCAGAUUAGUGUGAAAUGUGGCAAAUAUAUUCCAGAUGAACAGCAAAUGUCAACCACUCAGAAAUUAUUUCCGGAAAGGCUAAAAUCAAAUGUAUCUUAUGAUAAAAAUGAUAAAGUGAUCAAAAAUGAUAAAAUGAGCACACAAAGUGUAAAUGAUAAGAAAUGGAAAUCAAAUUCAGAAAGUGAUACGCAACUUUUUAUACGACCAAAAUUAGUUGAUGAAAUGAAAUGUGAUAAUUCGAAUGGUCAACGAAAAAGUACUGGAAGUGGCACAAAGCGUAAUCAAUCGUUAACUCGAAUGAGGUCAUCGAAUCUCAACGAAUCACGUCAAUACUUUCGAAAUAAUAAUUCUGAUUAUCGUGGAACUCAUCCAAUUUCACCCCAAGGACGUGAAAUUAUUCAGGCUUGUUUCGGCAAUCAUCACAACGAAAUUGGUUAUCGUAUUUGCAUGCGAGUUUUUGAAAAGCGUACUGAUUAUCAAAGAUUUGUUUAUGCACUGGGAAGGGAAAAAUGGUUAAGUGCUUCUGCUGAGCUCCGUGAUUACUUGAAUAAUGUUGUAAGUAAGGUUCACAAUGUAGCAGCAGUGGAAGAAAUGUCACGACACUAUGGUGAAAGACAUGUACCACUGAAAAAAUAUGGCUUUAAGCCUGAUUUUUGGGUCAGCAUAGCUGAUGCUAUGGCAGUUGAAUGCGUUAUAUUGGAUAUGGCUAAUCAUCAACCAACGGAAACAGUUAUGGCGUGGUCACAGCUAACAUCGCUAAUGUUUACCUCAAUCCGUGACGGUUACUAUGCAGCCUUAAGAUUUCAACGACAAACACUUAAAAGUUGUAAGAAUUCAGAAUGGCAUCCACCUGUUGAUUCUAUUAGAAGCUCAAAGAAAUAUGCUACAACCAUUACUGAAAAAUUUGUAAAUUGA